GAGCUGGUUGGUGACGCGGGGCCCUCACGUGACCGGAGCUGCAGAGCAACGCAGCCUUCGGUGCAGUCGUCACUCCUGUCUGGGUACCAGCUCCCCGCUGCCCUGCGCCCGGCGGGCUGGCAUCGGGCCCGGGGAAAGCGGAGCAGGUCUGCGGGUCCAAGUGUUGGGGCUGCGCACUCCGGACGACAAUCGGGAGGAGGCGGAGACAGCAAGGAUAGGCCCAGAAAAACAACCAGGAAAAAAAAUAUGGCAAAUAUCCACCAGGAAAUCGAAGAAAUGGAGCAGCAUAUGCAGAAUGGAGAGGAAGACCGCCCUUUGGGAGGGGGCGAAGGCCACCAGCCCGCAGGAAAUAAUAGACGAGGACAGGCUCCCCGACUUGCCCCUAACUUCCGGUGGGCCAUACCCAAUAGGCAGGUCAAUGAUGGGAUGGGUGGGGAUGGAGAUGAUAUGGAAAUGUUCAUGGAGGAGAUGAGAGAAAUCAGGAGAAAACUUAGGGAGCUGCAAUUGAGGAAUUGUCUGCGUAUCCUUAUGGAGGAGCUCUCUAAUCACCACGACCAUCAUGAUGAAUUUUGCCUUAUGCCUUGACUCCUGCCAUUUUCCAUGAGAUUAAUAUUGUGAUUCCCACUGUUUUCUUUUUCCUUACAUUUCCUGAUAUGCCUUUACUGAUCCGUUUGCUGUGAACCUUAUGUAAUUUCCAUGUGUCAGGUGGGUUCUGUAUUACCAGCUUCUAAUUGGAGAUUGCCUUGGCACCCAGUCUUAAAUUUCUGUCAACAGUAGCUUCACCCAUUUGCAUGGAAAAAUGUAAAGUUAAUAAAGCAAUUAAAAAGCAAUCUA